CGUACUUUGACUUUCCCCCAAUCACCAGGUCGUACGCAACUCACAUAAAUAUCUUCGCUUACAUAAGCGCAAAAAUCCAACAUCGACAUAAAAAGAACACGACCAAACCCACCACUGCCACUCCUAUACAUACCUCACAGAUGUCCGAGAUUGUAUCCCCGUUAAACGUUUUGGGGUCAAGGGACUCCACGGAGACGUUCCACCAGCAGCGUAAAAAAGCGCAGCGCCACGGUGCAAAGCUCAGAAAGCAGUUGAAGAUUCACACCGGCGACACCAAAAACUACAAGACCAAGCAGAAGGUGGCGCGGAUCAGUGCGGAGGAUGUGCAGAAGAACCGCAACUACGCAAAUGUCUUGUUCUGGGCGGCGGAGCGUAACUUCAUCCACGCAAGCGAGAUCCGCUUGGAACACGCGUACACACGCAAGUCGCGCGCGAACAUCACGUCCAAGAUGAAGGUUGCGUACAAAACGUUGGAGCAGUUGACGGAGCUCACCGGCGCGGCGGGACUUCCCCAGAUCGACCUUCUCACGUACACAGCGGUUGUCCAUGGGGCGUUGCUGUUGAACCGCAAGAUGCACUCCACGGCGGUGCACUCGUUGUCGGUCGCACGCGUCGCAUUGCAGUACUUGAUGAGCCGCGCAUCGCGCGAGAACGCGGAGGAAUUCUUGUACAAAUCGAUUAUUGAGGACCACGUCGACCCGUACUUGAAGCUCGCGGCGGCCAGCAAGCAGGACGCGCUCGACUUGAACACCGUCGCGCGCGCGCACUUCCGCGACAACGUUACGCCAUUGGUACAGCAAACAAUUGAGCUUAUAGAGGCUGAGGACCCUGCGUUUGUUGCAUCAUUAUCUGCGCGCGCCGCGGGAACCGUGACUGAGAUCCGCUGGAGAAAGUAUGUCGCGGAGUUGUACUCGCCGGAGAUCUCGCGCCUCAUCCAAAACGCACGUGCACACGCGCAGGGUAUCGUCGUGCACGACCUCGCAUCGUACGACCCGGCGUUGACCGCGUGGACCGAGGUUCUCGAGUCGCACAUGGCGCAACGUGACCAGUUUGAGGAGAACGACCAGACGUUUGAGAUCUUAAAAGCUUACUUCACCUUCCAAGUCUUAAGCACCCGUGUGUAUCGUGACCACGCCAUCAGCGUGGAGUUAAAGCUGCGUCUUCUGGCGGACAACUCCGCAUCCGCGACCGUGGCUAUCCACAAAAACAUCAUUAGUGUCUACAACAACAUCAUCUCCACCGUCGGGGAGGUCUUGGAGUUGGCCGGUGUGUACAACGAUGACGAAUUGGAGGGCACGUUCCAGGCGAUUUCGGCGUAUGUCAAGGCGGAUAAGGCGGAGAUUUUGGCCCGUUCGUAUUUCCAAGGCCAGGAGUUCCCCCAGGCGUUGUUAUUGGCCCAAGAGGGUGUUCUGUUGUUGACUCCGCACGCUUUCCCACUCAAUCUCUGGGAGCCGUUGACCAAUGUCCGUCUCGGAUCGGAGUUGCGCACGACUUUAGUGGAGUUGCGGUCUACCAGCCAUGUAUUGGCCGACUUGGCCUCCCAAGGUUCCUCCGAGAAUGCCUUGAUUGCGGAUAACAUCAACAAAUACCCAGGCGGUUCUGCGGCAGAGAUCUUGCAGCACAUUUCUAUCGGUCCGCUCAACGGUGCCUCCUUGGUGGUUCCGGUGGCCUACAAGCCGGUUUUGUAUGACAUGGCGUACAACUACGUCGCACGCGAGCAGACUGGUGCCCCGGCCAUGUCCAAGAAAUCGAGUAGCGCUAAGGAAGAUAAGAAGCGCGGUUUGUUUGGCAUGUUUGGCUGAGCCGUUGUAUUAUAGAAAUAAUAAGAGUAAAUAAAGGAGUGUAGACCGAGAGGAGAGGGGACGAAAUGGGAAGGCACUGUGUGUUAGGGGAUGGAUUAAAAUGCGUAUUUCCAUGCCGGUAUGGAUCUAGUCUCGAAGAGAUUGCGUUUCCGUUAGAUUCAUGCCAAAAGUAAAUUGCACUUCUGUGGAUAGAGCACCACUGUGAGAAAAUAGAUAUCUAGAGGAACAAAUGAUUUCAACGUUAGUCUAUGGCGUAGUAGAGGGAAGGAAUCAAGCUGAAGACCCUCGUUGCGUACCAUGGGUUGUAUGGCCACUUAAAGUACAAAAC